AUAGAGCGUCUCCAAACAGAUAUCACCAGUUUUAUAAGUAUACUUUGCUGCUCCUUAAUUUGAAACUAUUGUACUACAGCCUAGUCAUAAUUCCAUAUCUGGCCAUUCUUUUUCUAGACAAGAUAUAGAAGCCCAUAUUUAGAAAGAGUGGAAUAUUCAUGGAGGAAGCUCUUAACGCUGCUCGCGGAGAAGCUCUUAACACUGCUAGUAGAGAGGGCAACGUUGAUGCCUUGUAUGAUCUGAUUCAGCAGGCUCCUGAUUUCUUGAGCAGCCCUUUGCACGAAGCUGCAAGAGCGGGGCAAACUAAGUUUGCCAUUGAACUGAUGGCAUUGAUGCCGUCAUUUGCCAAGCAGCUGAACCCUCAAGGGCUAAGCCCUCUUCAUCUGGCAGUAAUGUCAGAAGCACAUGAACUCGCUGAAGAAAGGGCCAGGAAAAACAAAACUGCGAUGGCGCUGAUAAAGCUAGACGCCGAGCUGGUCCGAGUAAAAGGGAGGGAAAUGAUGACUCCUUUGCAUUAUGCAGUCAGAGAAAAUAAUCUGGAACUUUUGGCUGAGUUCUUGUGUGCUUGUCCGAAAUCCAUCAGUGAUUUGACGAAUGAGCACCAGUCUGCUGUUCAUAUUGCUGUACAACAGCGAAAGUUCGAUGCAUUUAAAGUCCUCCUGGGAUGGCUCUCGAGAAGGAACAAAGAAGAGGUGCUCCGUUUCAAGGACAGUGAUGGAAAUACUGCAUUGCAUAUUGCAGUAGCAACGGAACAGUUUGAGGUUGUGAAGAAGUUAAUUUCAAAAGUCAAAAUAAAUUCACUGAAUUCAAAAGGAUGGACGGCUUGGGACAUCGCACAUCAUAAUGGCUCUGAUAACAUAAAAGAGUUCUUGAAACAUCGAGGAGGUAGAUCUAAAAAUACGCUCCCUGAGAAGGAAGCCCUCCACGAGUUUCUGAAAUUAAAACAGGGUUACUUUGAGAGACCAAUCGGAUUCCUAAUUUACGUGGACAAGGAAAUGUCCCUGGAAAUGCGCAGCUUUAUCUUAGUUGUAGCAGUGUUAAUUGUCACAGCUACUUUCCAGGCAGCACUCCAGCCUCCAGGUGCGUUUUGGCAAGGGGAUGGAGGCACGAGUCAAAAAGUCUCGACAUUCAAUCGAUCUAAUAACAGUGCCAAAUUCGGCCUACAUAAUUUUCGAAAACAACAACACAAUAUGACACGUGUGGUUGGACAAGUUGUCAUGAGCCCCAGAAAUUUCAGGGCCUUUAUGGGAGGAAAUACUGUGGCUUUCGUUUCUGCAACUGUGCUGAUUUUAUUGGUACUCCCUGCUCGGUCUUAUAUAUAUAGUCUUCAUCUUUCUCUGCUUUUUCUGACCUACACCUAUCUCACUGCGGUCGACAUCAUAGCAGGCCACACUUUGCUUACUAAGUGCUUCAUCAUUGUUGCCUGGUUAUUCAUUUGUGGUGUACUUACGUUGAGAUUUUACAUGCACAUUGCCAAGUCAAUAUUCAAUGAUGCAUGGUGGCUGCCCUGGUUGUAUGUACUAGCUACAAAAAUUUUCUACCAUGUUCCUCCAAACCCGGUGGCUAGAAGUCUUAGUCAUUUCGCUAAUCGGCUUAUGAUGCGCCGUAAAGUGAGCGGAUUAGAACUGAAGUAAUUGACUGAGAUGGCAACCAGUGAACCAGGGGAUGGACAAAGAGUGGAUAUUUGAUCGUAACAUCAUGAGUUCCAAGUUCGAAAAUUUCCAUUCCAGCAGUGUCUCCAGCCAGUGGAUGUGUGGGUAGUUUGGUAUGUACAACCCUUAAUUUGCUUGAUGAAAUAAGAGGAGAGUGCGAUCACUCUUUUAGUUGAUUUGUCAUCAUUAAUGUAACAAUGCUAAGAAGUGAAAUAAGAAAUAGGAUUAAUAUAUGGAUUGUAUUUGCAGACUUGAUUUGUAUCCUCUUCUAUAUCAAUAAAAUGCUGGAAAAAGAGUUGGUGUUAA